UUUUGCUGCUUGCGCGUGAUAACUGUAUUCUUCGUUACAAAAUUUUUACUUAUUAUUGACGAAAAGUGUUAUAACUUUCUAUAAUAAUUAACAAACGUAAAUAAAAACGCGCGAAAUUUUUAUUCGGCUUAAACAAUCUGUUUGUCUCAUGGAAAGUAGAACCUUAAUUUUCAACCAGAACUUAUUAGUUUGACUGGUCUCUUGGUGAUCGUUUUGUUUGUUAAAAUGUGCAUACAUUCAAAAAUGCUUAUUGUAGUUUGAUUAAGGGUAAUUCUAUUGCGUUAUGCCCGCAGUGGGUACUGGGUAGUGUAGUGUAACGUGUGAAGUGAAAACAAGUGGAAUGUUCAAUUGAAAUUAUUGUGAUAAUACGUUUUAAAUUUAAAUAUCAAUGUCGUAUACUUGAGUGAACAGCGUGUGAUUUCUUUGUGAAUGCGACAAAUAUUAAUAAAACUUAAGUGACAUGCACUGUUCCUGAUGUCCUGUAGAAGGUUCUAUGAGUUUGGCUGAGACAUGCAGUCAUGGCCAGGGGAAAAACACUAUACUCCCUAGCUGUUGUCAUACUUGGGUUUAUGUGCUUUGUAGUAGGCGCUGUUGCCAUUGGACUACCAACUUGGGGUUAUUAUUAUAGCUAUGAUUCUGACAUUGCACUCUCACUGCAGUCCUAUUAUUUGGAGAAUCCAAACUUCGACAACGGUUACUUCGGACCAUGGCGUGUCUGCAAGAAACUGCUCUACAACAGGGAGAAAUGUGGCAACGACGUAUCCAAGUUCCGGCCGACAACGGCCGUGUACCUAGCGGGUGUGGUGGGCGCGAUAGGUGUGACAGUGUUGGGUGUGUUCUGUGUGCUGUCCGUACUCCAGCUCGCCAUGAUCUCAUCCAAGGAGAAGGUCGCCUUCAAGUACACGCACCUUGUUAUGACCAAACUGGCGCUGGCGUUAUUAGCGACAUUAUUGUCAAUAGCAGCGGCCGGUCUAUUUGCAGUCCAAGGCGAUGACAGAGGUUUCUACAUCUAUAGAGGAGAAGCAUUCUAUGUACAGAUAGUAUGCAUCGUUGUAAAUUCGAUAUUGUUUAUAAUGUCGGUAUAUGACACGUUAUUUUCGCGGAGAGAAGGUGGCGAUCCCACAAACCCACUUGGUGAAACUAAUGCCACCACCAUUAAUAAUCCAGGGUUUAAGGAAGGAAGAGGCAUAUCAAUGACAGACGCGUCAGGCAAACCGUACACCACAAACGGUCACGGUAGCGUGGCCUCCAUGAAUACCACGGCCACCACCUUAACUGGCCUCUCAGACGCCAGCACAAUUACUAGGUCGCCGCUGAGGUCAUCUUUGAAGAAACCCAGACCCAGGGAAGGAGAACCGGGCGGGAUGGGUAUCCAAAACCCAGGGUAUUCGGGGAAUUCCCCACCUCUCAACCGUAAUGGCAGCCAGAAGAAAGUCAGAAUACAGACGCACAGUACUGAGGUGUAAGUGGAACGUUGUAUUCCAAGAGGAAGAAGUUGUUCCACACUUAUUCCGAAAGGAAACAUUAAUGGUUUAUUCCAGAAUGUGAAUAUUUUUUAUUUCCACCAGAAAUGUUUAAAUUGACUUUAUACCAAUGUAAGAUUUUUAUUUGGAAUUUUCUACACCAUAUAUAAAGCAAUCUAGAAUAAUUUUUAAGUGUAAGAUAAAUAUACUUGGACACUUGUCUAUUGUAUUAUCUAUAAAUGUAGAUUAAUAUACAGUUUCUGUAUCUAAAAAAACAUACAAGCUAUGUUUAAAGCCCGAUUAGUUAACUAUAGUUAAGGAAGUAUGCAGCAGAGUCAACCUCAAGUUUAAAUAUUCUUAAGGGUGACUCUGAGUAUGCCUGUCUAAAUUAAAUGUUUAACUUGAUGUCUAUAACUAAUAUUUUUUUAAGAACCAUGAAUCUCUUGUAAAUCUUUUUAACUUUUGUAUUUUAGAGUCAGUAACAUAUAGAUUAUGAUUUUAUGUAUGAACCAACUAAAAGCCCUAAACAUCUAUUGAAUGUUGUUUUAACCACUCAUGUAGGUAUCUAAAAGUAAAGUAGACACAAUAUAUAUGUUCAAUAUUAAAAAAACAAAAUUAAUCAUAUUGAAUAUUUUGUCUCUUUCUGUCAAUUUGUGUUUACACUGUGAUAAAAAGAGAUAAAUGAGUACUAGUUAUAAUGGUAAAAUUGGUCUGAUUUUUUUGUUAUGAAUAUAAUCAGGUUAACAGUAUGUUUAUAAAAUUAUUUUAGAUGUAUUUAAAACACCAUCACAAUCUAUAUUGCACAAGUAUUAUUAGUUGCAAAUAUAACACACUAAGGACUUAGAAUAAGUCACCCGACUUCAGUUUCUAAAUUUAUUUAAAAGUAUGUAAUUUUUUUUUUCUUAUAAAGGAUUCUCAAGUUUUAAUCUAGUCUUGAGAUAAGUAUAAUAAGUAAGACAUUUUCUUUCGAAGAGCAUAAAUUUGUCUUUCAUGAAUGUAAUAAGUCCUGAAAUGUUUUAUUUAUGAAUGUCUUGUUAUUAGUUCCAAUUUAUAUUUUACAUGUUUUAUGGUAUAUCUUUUAUCAUGCAAUAUUUUAAA